AUGGCUUCGCCAACCAAGCCACCCGUCGCGGUGGUAUGCAUCGGCAUGGCAGGCUCCGGCAAGACGACAUUCAUGCAGCGCAUCAACAGCCACCUUCACACCCUCGCCGUCGAAUCCCCCACCACACACACGCCGCCGUACGUGCUCAAUCUCGAUCCCGCCGUGCGCAGCGUGCCAUUUGAGAGCAACAUCGACAUCCGCGACAGCGUCAACUACAAGGAAGUGAUGAAGCAGUACAACCUCGGGCCCAACGGCGGCAUCCUCACCUCGCUCAACCUCUUCAGCACCAAAAUCGACCAGAUCAUGGCCAUUCUGGAGAAGCGCUGCCUGCCCUCCGCAACCCCCACCCCCACCACCACCUCAUCCUCCUCACAGCCUGCCGAAACAACCAGCAGACCCCAACACAUCCUCAUCGACACCCCAGGCCAAAUCGAAGUCUUCGUCUGGUCCGCAUCAGGCAGCAUCCUGCUCUCCUCCCUCGCCUCCUCCUUCCCCACCGUGCUGGCCUACGUAAUCGACACCCCGCGCACCACCGCCAACACCUCGACCUUCAUGUCCAACAUGCUCUACGCAGUCAGCAUCCUCUACAAAAUCAAACUACCCAUGAUCCUCGUGUUCAACAAGACCGACGUCAAAGACGAGUCCGAGGCGGUGGAGUGGAUGCGCGACUUUGAGUCUUUUCAAGCAGCACUACGGAAAGAGGAAGAGGAUCAAAUGGCCGGACAGGAGGGCAGUGGAUACAUGAACAGCCUGCUCAACUCGAUGAGCUUGGUGCUGGAGGAGUUCUACAAUCAUCUUUCCGUCGUGGGCGUGAGCAGUAUGACGGGCAACGGUGUGGACGACUUCUUCGCGGCGGUGGAGGAGAAGCGCGAGGAAUUUGAGCGAGACUACCGGCCGGAGAUGGAGAAGAGGGUGCGGGAGGCGGAGAAGCAGAAGCAGGAGAUUCGCGAUCGCGAGGUGCAGAGGAUGAUGAAAGACAUGGGUGCUGACGAGGCAGAGGAUGAAGCUUCCGGCAUGGUCGACCCAGACGAUGAAGGUGAAGAGGCGGAAGAAAUCGACGGAGAUGGCGAUAGUGGGUUGAACGAGAGAUAUCGACAAGCCUUACGAGGACAAGGCAACGAUGGGAUUGGCCGGGUCGCAGAUCACAUUAUGCGGAGUCAACGGUGA